AUGGCGGAGAGAAAUCUCUUGGCGGAUGCAUCAAGAAUCCUCGACAAAGCGAGGAACUCAGAGAUCAAGGGAAAUUGCACAGGGGUGUUGGCCGCCGAAGUUCGAUCACUCGGCUACGAUGCGGCCAUUUGCAAGUCCCGAUGGGAUAAAAAUCCUUCUUUUCCGGCGGGGGAGCACGAGUAUGUCGACACGGUGGUCGGCGUCGACCGCCUCCUAGUGGACGCGGGCUUCCAGUCGGAGUUCGAGGUGGCGCGGCCCAGCAAGACGUAUCGCGCCAUCAUCCAGCUGCUGCCGCAGGUGUUCGUCGGCCAGCCCCACCGACUCCAGCAGAUCAUGGUCGUCGCCUCAGAGGCAGCCUAA